GCGGUGUGGAAACCGAGGCGGAGAGGCCAGGACUCGGGAGAGAGGGAAAAAGAUGUGAGUGUGUGUGUGUGUGUGUGUGUUUGUGUGGUGUGUGUGCCUGGAGGAACAGUCUGUGGAAGCCAGUCUGGACAAGACCCUUACUACUUGGGACCUGGGACAGGAAUCCCGCGCUGACGUUUGCAAGCCCCCAUGCCCGCUUGAUGCUCCUCCGAGGCUCCUGGUCUGCUCCGUCAUGCCUGCUGCUGCUGCUGCUGGCACUGGGAGUGAGGGGGAUGGAUGGUGCUGGCACUUGGGACACUGAGACCGUGCCGAAGACCCAUGUAUCACCCACGUCCCGGGGGACAACCAGGAACCCGGUGCUGAGGGCUAUGCGGAAACGCUGUACCCAGUACUUGCUCGAACUGGUGUCUGAUGGGCGUGCUCAGAGGUUGCCGAUACAUCCGUCUGUUCCCGCCCCAGAAACAGCCGGCUCAGGGAAGAAGCAGAGACAGAAGAUGGGGUCACCAUGGCCUGCGACCAUCCUGGAGCAGCCAUGUCACCCUCUCCAGCCGUUGCCUCCAAAGCGAGAACAAUGGGCGGCGAACGACUAGUCAAGUGCGCGGCGGCAGACAGGCCCUAGCAUCUGCCCCAUUUCCCCUCCCGCAGAGCUGGCGCGCGGGCCGAAACACGAACGAACGACUUCCGCUUCGCCUCGCGUCGUGCAUAGUAGCAUCGUCCACCAGAAAUCAUAUCUCAAGUUUCCACCUCCAAGACACAAUCAGAAGAGGAGAAAGAGAGAGAGAGAGAGAUA